AACAAAUUCACAGAGAAAAAAUGGCGACCCUCUCGAUUCCGCUGUCUCUUCAACACUCCUCUCCAAAACGGCACCGUUUUUCUGUUCCAGAACUGCACUCACCAUUCCGAAUCAGCUGCUCUGCUAGCUGGGAUAGUCCUGAACUAAAGGCAAGCUCAUCACAGUUAAAGGAACUUAAAACUGUAGCUUUUGGGAUUCUUGCUGUUUGUGCCGUGACUGCUGCCUCACCUGUCAUUGCUGCCAGUCAGAGGCUGCCUCCAUUGUCCACAGAGCCCAACCGCUGUGAGCGGGCAUUUGUUGGAAACACGAUCGGUCAAGCAAAUGGCGUUUAUGACAAGCCAAUCGACCUCCGCUUCUGUGACUACACGAACGAGAAAUCCAACCUCAAGGGGAAGUCUCUUGCAGCAGCACUCAUGUCAGAUGCUAAGUUUGAUGGUGCAGACAUGUCGGAGGUAGUGAUGUCAAAGGCUUAUGCCGUUGGAGCCAGCUUCAAAGGUGUAGACUUCACGAAUGCAGUUCUGGACCGGGUGAAUUUUGGGAAGGCCAAUCUCCAAGGAGCUGUGUUCAAGAACACUGUAUUAUCAGGCUCCACCUUCGACCAAGCUCAGCUGGAAGAUGCAGUGUUUGAGGACACCAUUAUCGGCUACAUCGAUCUUCAGAAGAUUUGUACAAACACCAGCAUCAAUGCAGACGGAAGAGCUGAGCUCGGAUGCCGGUAACCGUUUUUUCUUUCAUCUCCCUGCAUCUCCCUUAAUUCAAUCUUCUCAAGGUUGAUGAUGGAGAGAUCAGCUGCCAAUUUUUAUGUUGGUGAUUUUGUAAGCAUGUAUCAUUGACUAUUUUAAGCUAUUUUGUUUUGAUUAUUACGAGAAAAGGCGAGAUUAUGACAUAUUUUGUAAAGUUUAUCGAAUGUUAAAAGCAACAUUUGAAGAUCAAAUGCAGUUUUUAAAAGUGUUGGGUGAUUUUUUCA